AUGGUGACACCGUGGUAUGCCGAUUUCCGUCGUUUAAUUCUCUCCUAUCGAGGCAUUGCCGAGCACGAAACGUUUGAUCAUCCUGUAGCGACCCUGAUCGUCAUUUCCUCCGCCAACCCAGAUCCUAUGGGAACCAUUAUGCAGUUGUACAAUCCUAAUAUUCCUUCAUUCACCGUCGACAAGCCUUAUGUGGAUCCUAAUAUUUUACGUUUCUACCUUCUCCUUCACGACCCUCAUAAAACGACACUGGAACACUCCCAGAGUGUAUUUGAAAAGAUGAAGCGGACCUUUGGUCUACAUUGUCACAUGCUGACCAUCAAUUCCCGACCUCGACCGCCAGCGACAGAUUUCUUUGAUGAGUUGGCGAACAAUGAUGUGAUGGCCGAAGAUCACAUACGCAUGAUCUGGGAAAAGGAAUUAAAUGAAUCUCAAUCUAUUGAAACAAAGCUUCAGAUGUAUGCGGACCAACCCAACUUUUCGCAUCAGAGCCAGUUAGUCCCGCUCUCACCGGCGUUAUCGGGCGCCAGCUCAGAUUUGGUCCGUUCGAACGCUACCUCACCUUCUAUCAGUGGACUGCCGAGCAAUACCGUUCAUUCCACUGAUCUUCAGGUGGGUCCGCUGGAGAUGAAUGAAUCAGAUGAGGCGUUAUCUUCCAAACCAUCACCCACCGAAGGACAACUCAUCAGUGAUGCCGAUUCUCCCGCUGUGCAGUACGGACGAUAUUUCACUGACGAUGAUAUCGAAGCCACACGGUCCAUGGUCAAAGAACUCGUGGUGCAAAGUCUGAUCCCGUUUAUGGAAAGAAACAUCCAACACUGGAAUGAACAGGUGGCAUCAGCGCGACGUGGAUUAACCGGUCGAUUAUUUGGUGCGAGUCGUCGUUUCUUUGGUACAUCCUCACGCACCGCGUCUCCUCAGUCCAUGCAAACCAUUCCCGCCACCGGUCCCAAUGUACCGCCAGGCAUGACGACUGUGAUGAUAUACCCUUACGCUGCACCUGAGGCUCAAAUGAGAAAACUGGCCGAUUACGCUUUCAUGAUUCGUGACUACAAAUUUGCACACGCCAUUUACGAUACCGUUCGCCGUGACUAUGCAACUGAAAAGGCAUACAAAUACCAUGCUGGUACACAGGAAAUGAUUGGCCUCUGCCAACUGAUCAUGAAUCAACCGUUGGCAAGUAAAAAUGAUGUGGACCGUAAUUUCGAAUUGGCAGUCCAGCAGUAUCUUGGUCGUUGCCGAUCGCCAUUCUAUGCCACGCGGACGACUGUCAUGUACUACGAGCUCCUGAAAGCGCGACGCAUGUGGCGAGAAAUACCUACCGCAUUAGUGAGAAUGACCGGCGAAGAUUCGGAUUUAAGGUCAGCCCUGUUUCUUGAGCAGGCGGCACAUUGCUUCUUGAGAGCGCCUCGACCUUUAGUUCGAAAAUAUGGCUUUCAUCUAGUCAUGGCAGGGCAUCGGUAUGGCAAGGCAGCUCAGCGUCACCAUGCAUUUCGAUGUUAUAAAAUGGCAUCGUUUAUAUUGACUGGAGACCAGUGGUCGGUUGCCAAGAACCAUGUCCAGUUUGCUCUCGGACGACAAGCAUUCCAUCUCGGUCAUUUGGAAGAAGCAGUGUCCUAUUUUGCGGAUGUGUUGGCCGACACGAAGCAAACACCACAACAACAACUGGCUCACGUACGCGAAUUUUUGUUUAUCUACCGACAAUAUACAUCUCAAGCUGGCAUUGACCCACUCAAAGUGUCAUUGCCACACCUUGCGUUGCCGACUAUCUUUGAUCAGAUGAUUCGAAUCAACCUUUUCAACAGUCAAUCCAAUACCGAGACGCAAGAAGAGUGGGCUGCCAUGGAAAUGGAACUGUUGGAAGAGAAUAUCACUAGUGGCUAUAUUGCGAAAUCCAAGAAAGCAUUGGCUAUUGAACAACAAGACGAUAAUCGAGUCGUAUGUGCUGUAGGAGAACCGGCCAUGGCCCACAUUACACUUUACAAUCCGUUACAAAUUUCUAUCCAACUAAGUCAUCUUGUUUUGGGAUGCAAACAUCGUGCUUCUACGCAACGUGAUACAAAAGAGGAAGCGGACGGAACCGCCGAUCUUGAUGAAACCAUGCCUCAGGGUACACCUGUCACGGGAACGGAUAUGUUGAGUUACGGCGACUUCGAGCUUCAAGCGAUUCCCGACAUCACACUCGAACCGCUCGAACAACGAACGCUCCAUCUGGCCAUCGUUCCUCGGCGCGAAGGAUCUCUCAAAGUAACCGGGCUUCAUUACACAUUGAACGAUCUGGUACACUCGUUCCGACCUUUCCAUAAAAAGGGCAGACGAUUGAAUGCAACUAAAGAGCAGCGCAUGACGCCGACUUACGCUCCCGAUCGUACACUGGAUAUUCUUGUAACAUCUCCCAUGCCGUUGUUAGAUGUUGCGUUUCAUCAGAUCCCCGAAACCAUCCUUUCCGGCGAAGUCGUACAAGCUGUUCUCGAAAUCAAUAAUAGAGGUCAUAAAGGUCUCACAGCGCUACGCAUGAAAUCAAGUCAUCCAAGCUUUAUCUGUGUGGGGCAACCCGAUGAGUUGGGCAAACGCAUUUACAGUAAGUCGCUUUUAUUUGAAACAUGUCAUAUAGAUAACCGUAUCUAUGACUCGAGCGUCAUUUCUAUCCCUCUACCCUCCGAGAACGAUCGUCCCGGCAUUGUCGGCCCAGGUCAUACAACGCUUGUACCGCUGUGGAUUCGUGGCGAUCGGAUCGGAAAACACUCGUUCAAAUUUUUGUUUUCUUAUCAGUCUGAGGAAGAGAAUACCGCCAUUGCACAUCGUACGCUACGGUAUGCUCUGGGUGUUCAGGUAUUACCCUCGUUAAAGAUCAACGCAUUUACCCGACCGAGCACGACUGGCACCAAUGAAUUCAUUCUGGGUAUUGAGAUUGAAAACUUGCAAACGGUGGCAAAUUUUGACCUUACCCAGCUGACACUCGCCAGUCCUGCAUGGACCAUCGUUCCGCUAAGUAUUAAUAUGGAAUCAAAAGACGAUAUUCAAGAAAAAGCAACAGUGCCGGCACGACAAACGUCAUUUGCUUACUAUAAAAUCAAGCGAAUCGAGAGUGUUGAUUUGGCCAAACACAGUGAUUCGCCCGAAGCAUGGACUUCGAAUGCUCUGGAAGCAUUGUUGAACAAUGAUGCCGACCGGUCAGUCGCACCACCGCCCCUGGAUUUGCAUAUCAGCAAGCUGGCAUUCGUAAGUUUUUGGUAG